AAGAAGGAGGGAAUUCUGCUAGAUAGCUGCUCCACUACCCGGACUGACCACAUGUGGAGUUCAUCCCCUUAGAAGUAAUUCAUUCUGCAGCAGCCCUAAAAAGCACUCAGUGGUGGAAAGCCUAUUUGAAUGCAACCUGAAAUUCCACCUUAGAGCUUCGUUUGCUUGGUGUUGGGCUUGGGCUUUCUGGUUUCCAAGAGUCUCCCAUUACAGCACCUUUAGCCCUAAGAGGAACACUAGCCAAGAGCUGAAUGAAUGGGACAAGCCCCACCCUGAAAGCAGGAACUUCCGGUCCUGGGACAUCUCCCCCAGAGUUAGCCUUGACUCAUAGGAAGAAACCAGCUCAGCUGGCAGACAGACACACCAAGGGAACAGAAAGACACCAGACUGGUGGAUCGCACAGGACACAGGAGGACAAGGAGAUCCCAGGGUGGCGCCAGCUGAGCCAACAGCUUCUGGUGACCAGAGCCCUGGGGGAGGCUGAGGCAAAGAAGGCUCUGGAGCAGGUUACCCAGGAACGUGAUGAUGCCAUAGCCAAGAAGCUGGCAGUAGAAGCUGAACUGGGCAUCUGCAGAGCCAGACUCCAAGCCGUGGAGGAGCAGCUGCUGGAGGUGGUGAAGGAGAAGCUGAUGCUGAUGGAGGAGGUGGAGGCCUGGAAGGAUGAUAUGCAAGAGCUGGUCAGCCGACAGAUUCGAAGCCAGAUGCAGAGAGAAGGGAGUGACCCCUGGAGGGGCAGAGUCCCUGCGUCAGGGUCCAGAACCCAGCCUGGUCUAACCACCCACGUCUCCCAGUGGCAGUGGAGAUGGCGGAGGAGAGGCAGCGGGCUGAAGCAGAUGGAGAGCUGGCCUCCCAGUCAGGAAGGAAUGGCUUCCAGUUUUGCAUCUGAGAUAUAGUAGCUGCAGGACUCUGGGCAAGUCAUCCCCUCAGUGCCCCCAGAAAAAUCACACAAGAUGAAAUUUGGCUGAGCAGGCUCAGAUCUGCAUUGGCAGAAGGAAUUUCCUCCUGGAAACUUCCCAUAGGCUAAUGAAGUCACAGAACGCGUCUCCCCAGAAUGAUGUUAGGCAAUUCAAAACCACCACCUAAGGCCAAGAGAUCCUGGGAUCGGAAACAAAGAGCUGGAAGGGACCUCAGAAGCAUCUACUUAAAUCCAAUUCACGUGCCAGUCAAGACAUCACCCCUGUGAUGUCAUUGGUCCUCUCUGAAAACAAAGGGUCAACUCCAACAACAACGCCAACCCCUUUGUCCAAGGUCACCAUGUAGAAAAUGUCACAGGUAGGAUUUGAAUCUAGGUGACUCACUUGAUAAACAUUUAUUGAACACCUACUAUGAGCCAGAAACCAUGCUAGGCAUUGGAGAAACAAAGACAGGAAUGAAACAAUUCCUUUACACAGAGGGUUUACAUUCCAUCUAGGGAGAUCAUAGGAUUGGAAAUUUAGAGACAGGAGGAGCUUUAGAAGUCAUCAAGUCCACCCCUCCCCUUUUAGAGAUGAGGAAACAGACUGGGUCAUGGUUACACGUCAUAGGCACCAGAGGCAAGAAUUAAAUCCAGGUCUUCCUGCCAUCCACCUGGGUGUGUCAAAACUCUCUAGAGCAUUUGAA